AAAAGAGCCAAACUUCAUUCACUUGACAAAAUCGCUCGGCGACAAAGACGAGGAAUCCAGCAAGGAUCUAGAAACCGCAUACCGAGACUAGAUUCAGAAACCACAGGCUUGAAAGUGUCGCUGACGCAAGGAGGAGAUUCGAAUUGCGUUUGAGAACAGAGCAGCAGCAGCAUUGGCGAUGGAGUCCACCGAGUCAUAUGCCCCUCCUCCUGAAGAGCUCACCAAGCCAUCCCCUGAACCUUCCGAAGAUGACUCUGGUGAGAAGCCAACACACAUUCGUUUCCUUGUAUCCAAUGCGGCGGCUGGCUCCGUCAUUGGGAAAGGAGGCUCCACCAUCACUGAGUUUCAGGCCAAGUCCGGUGCGCGGAUCCAGCUCUCUCGUAACCAGGAGUUUUUCCCUGGGACGACCGAUAGGAUUAUCAUGAUAUCUGGCUCUAUCAAAGAAGUUGUCAAUGGACUUGAACUUAUCCUUGAUAAAUUGCACAGCGAGCUUCAUGCUGAAGAGGGUAGUGAUGUUGAGCCUAGGAGACGACUAAGACUUGUGGUUCCUAACAGUUCUUGUGGAGGCAUAAUUGGGAAAGGAGGGGCCACCAUUAAGUCAUUCAUUGAGGAAUCUAAAGCUGGUAUUAAGAUAUCCCCUCUGGAUAAUACCUUCUAUGGGUUGAGUGAUAGGCUAGUGACGUUAUCUGGAACCUUCGAGGAGCAGAUGCGGGCUAUUGAUUUGAUUUUGGCUAAGCUUACCGAGGAUGAUCAUUACUCCCAGAAUGUGCAUUCCCCAUAUUCAUAUGCAGGUCUUUCCUACUCUGGUUUUCAUGGUCAUCCAUAUGCGUAUGUGCUUCCUUUUGCAACAGCCGGAUACAAUUCAGCUAACUAUGCACACAACGGUUCUGGAGGCAGGUAUCAAAACCACCAAAAGGAAGAGGCUGGUAGGACGGUGACAAUUGGUGUGUCGGAUGAGCAUAUAGGAUUGGUGCUUGGUCGUGGAGGAAGAAACAUCAUGGAAAUCACUCAGAUGACAGGUGCCCGAGUAAAAAUAUCAGACCGAGGCGAUUUCAUGUCUGGAACCACUGAUAGGAAAGUGAGUAUCACAGGAUCACAGAGAGCAAUUCAGCAAGCUGAGACGAUGAUAAAACAGAAAGUUGAUUCAGCCUCUGAGAGAGACACCGAAUAAAAGCACCCACCGAUGGAGCUGUCCAUCGUGGUUCCUUAUCUUUGGUCAUUUGUUGAGGCUUAAGCUUUGAGAAUGGGAUCACAAAAUCAUCUUGAAGUGAGGCAGAGAGUUGUCUCUAGGAGAGCUUUGUUUCUUCUUGUUUCAUUUUCUUUUGCAUGUCUUUGACAUAAUACAAUGUGUUCUUUUUUGUUCUUUCUCUUGGGAGAGAAGCAGGUUUGGAUUUAGAAGUACUGUUUUCACUUUUGUUUUAUUAAUAACUUUAUUGAAGUUUUGUUUCCCUUGA